UUUUUUUGGCAAAAGUCAAUGGUAUUCUUUUUGGCAAAAGUCAACAGUCGUUGGAUGGUAGGAAUUUGCCAUUACCGAGCUUUCUCUUUCUCUUCCCAUUCCCCCGCCAUUGAAGCGCAGCUCGCAUCAGCCCCUCAUCGUUCUCUCUCACGUAGUCACGUUGCCGCCAAAAUUUCAACAAUUUCUGUCACCUCCAAAUCCCUCUCCCUGACCCUCUCAAUUGAAUCACCACAUUUCCAGAUUCUCCAGUUCAUCCCUCUCUAAACAAAGCAAGAGAGGUGGGAUAUAUAUGAAAUGUACCGAAAUUAGGGAUUUUCAGAUCUUAAAUCCCUCGGCAUUGUCUUCAAAAUCUUCAAUUUAACAAUUUUCCUCUAAAUUUUGAUGAUAAGUUGAUGGUAUGAGAUUUCAAUGACGUCGAGGAAUCGGACGAUUUUGUUUAGGAAGCACAGAGAUGCGUUGAAGAGCGUACGUACCCCGAUUGACGGGUUCUCGUCGUCGACGAAAACGACGUCGUCUCAGCAGAGUAUCGAAUUGGCUUCUACCUCUUUGCUUCACCGUGGUGCUCGUUCUUAUACUCCUCUUAGUUCUGAGGAUCCUGGAACUUCUAGAAAGGGUUCAGUAGAGGUUGGUCUUCCACCAGCUUGGGUAGAUGUAUCUGAAGAUGUGGCAUCAAACGUGCAGCGUGCACGUUCAAAAAUGUCUGAGUUGACAAAGGCCCACGCAAAAGCAUUGAUGCCAUCAUUCGGAGAUGGUAAAGAAGAUCAACGGCGAAUUGAGAAUCUUACUCAUGAAAUAACAGAUUUAAUAAGGAGGUCAGAGAAGAGAUUGCAUAGACUUUCAGCUGGUAGACCUACGGAAGACAUAAAUGUUAGGAAAAAUGUGCAGCGUUCAUUUGCAACUGAUCUUCAAAACUUAUCAAUGGAGCUUCGGAAGAAGCAAUCUGCAUAUUUAAAGCGCCUUCAAAAGCAAAAGGAGGGGUCAGAUGGAGACUUGGAAAUAAAUAUGAAAGAAAGCAGAUCUCAAGUAGGAGACGAUGACUUUGAUGACCAGGAGAUUAGUGAGCACCAACUAGCCAGGAUAAAGAAAAGUGAAAUCUUCACAGUAGAAAGGGAGAGAGAAAUCCAGCAGGUUGUCGAAUCAGUGAAUGAGCUUGCUCAAAUCAUGAAGGAUCUCUCUGUUUUGGUGAUAGACCAGGGUACAAUCGUUGAUAGGAUAGACUAUAACAUUCAGAAUGUAGCAAUAACUGUCAAUGAGGGACUAAAACAGCUGCAGAAGGCAGAAAGAACACAGAAGCAUGGGGGUAUAGUGAAAUGUGCAACCAUUCUCAUCAUAAUGUGCUUCGUCAUGAUAGUUCUCCUGAUUUUGAAGGAAAUUAUACUGUAAAAAGGGAAAAUGAUACGAAUUGGUUUUUACCGUCUAUUAUCAAAUUUGUUGCAUCCGCUGUCAGCCAGAGAGUAAAAGCAUCAGGUUCUUGGCUGCUUCACCUGGAUAUGCUGCAUACUAUAGUUCCAUACGGUCUUUUUUUAUAAGUAUUUUUUUUGAAGUUCUCAUAGUAUUUUGGAAAUGAUUUUGUGCCCCAAGGGCAGCUGUAAUUUUGUACAUUUUAACUCUCUUCUUUUUUGUCUCUUGGAAAGAUUACUCAGUCAAGCAAGCGAUGAUUCUUUAGAUAUUCUUCCGCAGAUGACUGUUUGAAGAUUCAGACAUAGUUUAUCUGUAAAAAUGUAAGCAACAAAACUAACACGGUUUUCUUAUGGAACAUAUUACUCGCUUUGUUUACACUCUGCUUA